CAUGGAGAGAUACGAGGUCCUGGAGCAGCUGCCGCCCGGCGCGCUGGGCACCAUGCUGGUGGUUGAGCUGAAAGCGGAGGAGAGCACGGGCAAGAAGUACGUCAUGAAGCAGGUUGAAUGUAUUGAAGAAAAGCAAGCAAACAAGGCCUUGAAGGAGGCAAUGGAUUUGCUGAAACUUCGUCAUCCAAACAUCUGUGUUUACAAGGAAUUGUUUGUAACAUGGGAUAAUAAGAUAUCAUCUCUAUUCCUUUGUCUGGUAAUGCAACACUCAGGCCAGGGAGAUCUUUCAUCUCUGAUCAAGCAAAAAAGGCAGAAGUCAGAGAAAAUAACAGACAAGGUGAUUCUGAAGUUCCUGGGGCAGAUGGUGGAUGCUUUAUUUUAUAUACACGAGCGAAAUAUUAUUCACAGAAAUCUCAAGCCAUCGAACGUUCUUGUGACUGAUGAAGUAUCCUUCAUGCUUUGUGACUUCAGUACAGAAGCACUUAUGACUGAUGAAAUGAAAUGGAAAAUAAGAGUGGAAGAAAAUAGCAAGUCUUGGAUGGCUCCAGAAACACUCAGUUUUUCUUUUAGUGAGAAAUCCGACAUCUGGUCCCUAGGUUGUAUUCUACUUGACAUGAUGACCUGUUGUGUUCUGAAUACAGAAGAGAUAACUUCAUUACUGCGGGAUAUUAGACAGGAUACCAGCUGUCUUGAGGGACUUCUGACAUCAAUGCAAAACGGAGAUAGCAGCUUUCUGCCUUUAUUCACAAUUGUAUUUAUGAUGCUACAUAUUGAGCCCAGCAUGAGACCUACAGCAAAGGCUCUGACUGAUUUUCCACUUAUUAAGGAAUGCCUGACUGGUGCUGGCUCCUUCUUAAUAAAACCCAAAGAGCCUUUGCCUCUCAAUAUAUUAGACGUGCUCCUUGAGGGAGGAGUUGGCAGUGUUCCAGAGUUCAUGAACGCAUACUGGAAUAGAGAAGAAGCACAGGUUAAAGCUGUGGAGCACCUUGCAGGCUUUCUGGGAGAUAAAAAUGCUUUACCCUGCCUGCUGGCAUGCACAGGACUGAUCGCUUCUGCCAUGAAGACUCAUAUAGAUUCUGUCAAGUUACAGAGAGAUAGCUGCAGAUUAUUGCUUGAAAUUCUUAGUCAAGCUCUAGAAUGUAAUCUGGAUGUGGAAAGAAGCUUGGAUGACAGUGUGAUUAGCUCUCUGCUAGAGACAUUGAGAAAUUAUUCUGAAAAUGAAGAGUUGCUUUCAUUGGUCUGCACGCUGUUGAUGAUGAUUUCAUCCAGUGAAGUUGCUGCAGAGAGUAUAAGAAAAGCUGGAGCAAUUCCUGACCUUCUGAUGAGCAUAAGAAAAUUUCUUCAUAAUGAACAGAUUUGCCUCGCUUGCUGUGGAGCUCUCUGGAGUUUGGUUGUGAGCGGUAAUUUAGAGAACAGCAUAGACAAAGCAGUGCUGAAAAAUGCCCUCAGUGCUUCCUCUGCUGUCCUUCAGGAGCACGUCCAGAACGGCGCAGUCACCGAGGCAGCUUGCUCAGCAGUCUGGGCACUGUCACUCCAAGGCUGCUUUACUGAAAAUGAAUCUGAAUCGGCAGCAGCUCUUCUGCUAGAUGCUCUCAGGAUGAACCUAGGAAGACCAGUGCUGGUGAAGAAUGCCUGCCAAGCAUUAGCAAAUCUUCUCAGGCUUUCUGAAAUAUCAGCUUUCAGAUUUGUAACAGAUUCAAAAGGCAACGGAAUAAAACUGAUCAAAGAUGCCUACAGCUUCCACCGCGAUGAUCCAGAAGUGGUGGAAAGUGUCUGUGCACUGAUUAAUGAGCUGGUUCAAUAUGAUGACAUUGCACUGGACAUGGUCUCCCAGAAGAUGAAGGAAAUGCUGUCUGAAAUAAAAAGCCGCUUUCCAUCUAGCAUGGAGAUAAUGGUCCUUGUGGAUGCAACGCUUUUGAAACUGCAGAAGUGACAUAAAAGCUGUUUGUAUAAGAACAAGACCUAUAGGCUUCCAGUUCAAGUAGAAAUGCUUAGAUCCUUCCUAAAUAUUUUAAGAGAUUUUUCUCACCAGCAUGUACGAUUGAUAUUGUACUUCAGUGAAACAUAUAUAUGUAUUUUGUUGAUUUAGUUACUAUAACUGAAUGUGAGACCAACACCACUAACCUCUCUGAAAUAAAGAUUGUAGCCUUAGACGUUU